CGCCUCCGUAACGACUCUUGUGUUUAUUGAUUCCCUAGCGUCUCUACUCUGAGAACCGACUAACAGGCAUCACCAAGGACCUACUAGUACCUGCUAACAAAGUACAAACGGAUACUUCAAUGCCUCCUCCUAAUUUUCUGCACGAAAAUAGAGAACCCGGCUGCUGGGCUGUUCUUGCCGAUCGGAAAUUCUUCUCCCUGCCAAAGCUGUUCGUCAAGCGGACCCUACGGAGGCACGAGUGGUCGGACCUCGGCGAUAACUACAUCUUGACGCCUUCUGCUGCCCUGCCCCAGCGGUUCCGAACCGACGUCGCCGUCCAGCAGUAUCUACGCGAACGGACUAAUAUACCUCUGCCCGCAUUCGCGUCGACGUUUGAGGACGACGGCGCCAUGUAUCUAGUAAUGGAGUUUGUGCAAGGCGUCCGCAUGGACGAGCUGUCUGAGGACGACCAAAAGGUCGUCGAGAAGGAGCUGCUGCUGCACGUGGAGACGCUCAAGUCGCUACGAUCCGACACCCCCGGCGUGCCAGGCGAGCCGCUCAUGAUUGCGCCGCAGCGCGUCUGUGACUUUCAUUGGAAGUAUCACAGUGCCUGGCGGCCGCGUAGCGGUAUCAAGGGCGACUUUGUCUUCUGCCACAACGACUUGGGCCAGUAUAACGUGCUCGUCGACCCCAAGACGCUCAAGAUCACGGCCAUCAUCGACUGGGAGUUUGGCGGCUUCUGGCCCGAGUGGUUCGAGAGGCCGUUUUGGUCGCGGCGGGGUAACAGUUAUGCACUUGAGGGGGAGGAGGACGACACGCAACGUUGCCGCGAGUGGCUGAUGGCUAACUGCGAGGAGGUUGAGCUACCACACCUGCCUACCCUUCACGAUAAGCUUAACUCGAUGCCGGGGGCCCCUAAAAACUCGGGCGACAAGCCAUCGGGAGGCUAGUAGGAGGCUGUACGGAUUAGAGAGUAUCAGAUAAGGACCCCCAACACCUAAUUUUUACAGGGGGGCGGCCUACAGAGGUACCAGGGCCUAACAAAGGCCCAGAGCUCCCUACUAGUACAGGCUCGUACGGGG